UCUUACCAUCACUCCACACAAACAAUCCAUCAUCACUUCACUAGUCUCAUUAUAUUCUUCUCUCUAUUUUGUAACACUUUAACAUUUUUGAGGAAAAUUAACUAAUCAAUCUUGCAAAAAAGAUGGUGAAAGACAUAGAAGUUGGAGGAGGAGAAAGAAGAGAGAUAGCAAAAGACUAUCAAGACCCUCCACCAUCACCUUUGUUUGAUGGAGAAGAGUUGGGAAAAUGGUCAUUUUACAGGGCUUUAAUAGCUGAGUUUAUAGCAACAAUGUUGUUUUUGUAUAUCACAGUGUUGACUGUGAUAGGACAUAAGAGUAGUACUGUUACGGAUGAUUGUGGUGGUGUUGGCCUUCUUGGUAUUGCUUGGGCCUUUGGUGGCAUGAUUUUUAUCCUUGUUUACUGCACUGCCGGUAUUUCUGGUGGACACAUAAACCCAGCAGUGACGUUUGGGCUAUUGUUGGCCAGAAAACUAACACUACCAAGGGCCAUUCUAUACAUGGUAGCUCAAUGCUUGGGAGCCAUAUGCGGUGUUGGCUUUGUGAAGGCCUUCCAAAGCGGAUUGUACAACCUCCAUGGAGGCGGCGCCAACACCUUACAAGAUGGCUACAGUAAGGGCACUGGUUUGGGUGCUGAAAUUAUUGGCACUUUUGUUCUUGUCUACACCGUCUUCUCUGCCACUGACCCUAAACGCAGUGCCAGAGAUUCUCAUAUUCCUGUAUUGGCCCCACUUCCUAUUGGAUUUGCAGUGUUCAUGGUUCACCUAGCCACCAUUCCGGUGACUGGUACUGGUAUCAACCCUGCUCGAAGUUUCGGUGCCGCUGUCAUUUUCAACAGUAAACAAGCUUGGGAUGACCACUGGAUUUUCUGGGUCGGACCAUUUAUUGGGGCUGCCAUUGCUGCUAUCUACCAUCAAUACAUCUUAAGAGCCGGAUUCGUGAAGGCUCUUGGAUCUUUCAGAAGCUCGUCCAAUAUGUAAUCCAUCGUAAAACUUAUGCAAUAUUCCUCAUCAAAAGCAUGUUUUUGGCAUGAAGAGGAUAUUAUUUGGUGUGAUUUGUAGUUUUCCGAUUUGCCUAAAGAGAGGAGUUGAGGUAUCACAAAGAUGUAUAUAAGAUUUUAGUUUCCAUUUGGUGGGAAGAGUUAGUUCUUGUUGGUGUGUCUUGGCACUUGUUUUCAUUAUGUGCCUCUAGUGGGUGUCAAUCUCUAUUUUCUAUUGUUCUUGUUGUACUCCUGGCUUUAUUUAAAUAAGAAUAAGAGCAUGUGGAAGUUUUUCUCUUA